AUGACCUUGCCGACGCCAUCAAAUGAUUUCAAACCAUCUAUUGAAACUCAUGCAAACGAAUGGGUACCGGCAGAGCCUUUGAGUCUACAAUAUCUUUCUACAUUACUACUGAAACAAGUCUUCGACAUUGAAGAUGAAGGUGAAGAUGAUCAAUUGACCGCAGACUUGGAAAUAUCCAUGCCCUCUCAAUUUCAUGCGAACACAAACGGCGACCAAGGAUAG